GAUUUUUAACUGUUGGAUUAUAACCUGGUGUUGUGUGAUUUUUUUUCAGAACAGUUGGGAUACAGCCAUCAUCAUGCUGACAGGCGGAGCGGCUGGUCUGGGCUGAAUGGCCAUUCCUGCUCCUAUCAUCUGUGUUUCCAAUCAAGGGACCACCGACAAGGAUAUACUGUCAGUCAUUAGGUUCGGAUGACAGAACUACUCGAGUGAUUAAUAUUUUCCAAUUACAUUCAUUUCUUAACGUCUUCUUGCAUGUAUCCUCUACAUGGCCUAUGGAGUUGAUCACUGACUGACAAUACCGGCUUUAUCUUGGAGAACUGAACCUAAAGCUCAAAUCCCUUCAGCUCGAUUGCUUUCAACCACAUUACUCCAUCUUGUGUCUCUGUGUUCAGCACAACCCUGGCUCAAUAUUAACGAACAUUAUUUAUCUGAAAACUGCUACACAGCUUGCAUACAUCAACAAAUUGAGGGGAGCUUGCCGACAGUCCUUACAGCCCACCCGAGGUUUCCAUCUGCAAUUCAGAUUUUGCAUCGGAAAGGGCAGCAGCCUGUAACACAUUAACUGGCGAGAAAUGAUCCGCCAGUUCGUGCGAUUCCUGUCCACGUCUAGUUAGCUCCCACCCUCCAUAACAAAAACAACGAAUGGAUUGCUGCGUUUGUGGACUGCGCUCAAAACCUUUCUCGCUUCUUCCCGGUUUCGAGGGGGCUCCACCGCGGGAAAGACAUUUUGCUGAAAGGGCUGAGGCUUUGCAAAUGUCCGAAGCGAGCGAGCGAGCGAGCCGAGGAGAGAGGCUUGUGCAAGCUGGGCGGAGGAGCCUGGCGCCUCCCACUCGGGGCUCUGAGAGAUUUUAGUGAAUGAACAUGCCAUGGGCGGCAAAAGCGGUGACGUGCAGGAUAUUGCGUGUUUUCUGGGGAAGAGAAUGAAGUGCAGAGUGUGAAAAUGAGAGAGGGAGGUCUGUGCCCUGGGGCUCUGACUGACUGACUGACUGCAGGAAGCAAGCAAGAAGGGAAUUGGAGAUUGCAGAGUCCGAGGACUUUUCCCUCUGGCUGGGUGCAGCCGCUGUGGAGGUUUCGGAGCGACUAGGCUGGAAGCAGCAACAGCAGCAGCAGCAACAGACACACACAAAAUCCCUAGUUCACUGCCAUCAUAACGAGAGGGAGCGUAUGUCAGACAGAACAAUUCCUUUCUCCUUCAACCGACGGAGCUGAAAAAUCUCUCAAAACUACCCCCGGGGCCAGUUCCCACAUCGUCUCGCAACAUCAAGACAGCAAACUCUGUCCAAAAGCGGCGGCGGCGGCGGGGGAAAAAAAAUAUAAGAGAAUGCGUUCAGAAUAAGAAGAGGGAGCGAUUUGCAAUCGACCGAAAAAAAAAAGAGGAAUCCGUUGCCGCAACGCAAGGAAAGUGGAAUUAAAACGGGUAAAAGGAAGGAAAAAAAGGGAACGAUUUUUAACGAGGAAGAUUGACCAAGAAAGGGAACAUGUCUGAAGGCAGAAAAUCGAAUUGAGUAAGGUUGCAAGGGACCAAUUGAAGUUUGACACCUUGAAGGAGUUUUUUUUUGGGGGAAUAAAACACUUAUCCAACGAAGUGGACCCUCUAAGUGCUUGCAGGGAUGUGCUGCUGUUGGCUGUGAUACAGGAUUUGAACCUCGUUGUUGUUGUUGUUGUUGUGACAUCUUUUAUCAUCAUCAUUAUCUUCUCCUCCUCCUCCUCCUCCCCCCGGCUGGAUCGAGAUGCCUUACAGUAGCCGUGAGUUGGUUUGCCAUUACCUGUACUACCGUCUGUCCCGCCAGGGGUUUGUGUGGGAGGAGCCCCUGGAGUCAGCAGCCGGCUCUCCGACCCCCGCCGGCUCACCGAGCCCCGGGCGGACCCGCACCGGGACCGGGGCCCGGGCCCGGGCCAGCACCGCCGCCGCCGACAAAGCGCACCGCGUGCUCCGGGAGGUGGGCGACAGCUUCGAGCGCCAGUACCAGCAGGAGUUCGCCGACAUCGCGCUGCAGAUGCGCUUCGAGCCCGAGAGCGCCCGCGGCCGCUUCGAGGCGGUGGCCGAGGAGCUGUUCCGCGACGGGGUCAACUGGGGCCGGGUGGUGGCUUUCUUCGUGUUCGGGGGCACCCUGUGCGUGGAGAGCGCCAAGAGGAGGGACAUGGCAUCGCUCGUCGACAACAUCGCCACCUGGAUGACCGCGUACCUGGACAGCAGCCUCACCGACUGGAUCCGCGCCAACGGAGACUGGGAUGCUUUUGUAGACCUAUACGGAAAUAAUAUGGAACCUCUUUUCGACAUCCCAUGGCCUUCUCUUCGGACUGUCUUGGGCAUUGCUGCUGUGGGGGCUUGUAUAACCUUUGCUUAUCUAGCCCACCAGUAUUAACCAUGAUUAUUCAAGAACUUUCUUUUAACUAGAACUAGCUUGCAAAAAUUUACUAGGCUGCUUUGAUGUUACAAGCAAGUUGUUUUAUCUAAUUGCAUCAAAUUAUCAGCCUUUUUGACACCAUAAAAUAUUCUUAUAUUUAUAGUCAUUGAGACUCUACAGGUUGGUUUAUAAUGUUCCUUUGGAGUUUGCAAAAAAAUCAUUAUUGAAUAUGUACAUGUGAAGCCGAUUCUAGAAGUACGUUUCACUGUGGAUUGAAAUUCUUAAGGCUGACUGGAAUUUACAUUCCAUAAUAAAUUGGAUGGAUUGUGUUACAAGAUUUGAGAUAUGACUGAAUGGAAUUUUGCCUACAGCAAGGACCCUGACUUCAGCUUUGUUUUGUAACAUAUUGAUGACAAUAUAUUGCUUGGCAAUUGAGCAUUAUAUGAAUUACGAUCAGUGCAUGACACAAAUUGCCCAAUACUCUGCUUCCUGAAAAUGUUGGGAACUGAGGUUUAAGUAGUCGCUUUUUUUAAAAAAACUUUCUUUUACUAAAGAGGAAGUCUGUGCCUUUUUAACAAAAAAAAAUUUAGAAAUUACUCAUGAUCUUCAAGAUUUAAUAUUGUACAGAAAUGCAUGGAAUGGCUGAAGAAGACAUUUUUGGGCCAUGAUUUGAAAAUACUCAAAUAUAUUGAUCACGUCAUUAAACAGCAAGUGGAUAUUACAGGAUUUCUUUUGUAUAAAGCAGAAACUUAAUCCUUGGCUUUUAUUUGGAACUGCUUGCAAGUGGCAUGACAUCUAAUACCAGUACUAAACAAACCAAGAAGAAAGCUAAAACUGGAUGGAAACUGGAAGCAAAAUAACUAUCACUUUUGCAAAUGUGCAUGAGUAUUUAAGGAAAAGAAGAAAACAAAAUGAUGCUCGGGUAACUUGUUAACAUUGCUGAAGGUUGUAGUGGUAAAACUUAGUUUUUUGAGAGUAAACUAAAAGGCUUAUAUUUGUUCUCAAUGUCUAAAAUAUGUUGUUUUUGUGGCUUAAUGUGAAUAACAUGUUGAUGAGCUUUUUGACCUCGGCACAAAACUUUUUAAAAAUAUUAAUUUAACCAUAGACCAUGUAGAAGGUAACAGCUUUUUAAAAAGAACCGUUCAAAAGUCCAUUUCAUUUCCAAUUUAAACUUAACUUAAAGCUUUUUCUUUAUUUUUAUUUGAAGUUUACAAUUCUUACUAAAUGGGCUGCUAUUAGGUGAGUAUUGUAGAAUAAUUAAAUGGCUUUAAAUAGAGUAAAUACCAAAGGGCGAUUCCCAAACUGCUGCGGUGUGAAGAUUAUAAGAUACUGCAUGCUUUAGAUAAUGCCUCUAGUUUUGAACGUUGUGCUAAUGAGAUAUAAAUGUUUAAUGACUUCCAGCUAUGUGACAUGAUAUUGCAAACGUCUGCCCACCAACAAAAUCUAGAACAUUCUCUUUCGAAAAAAUUAUGUGCAAGGAAUGCUGUGACUUUGGCUCAUAGAAACUACCACACCAACAGCAAACAAUGGAGGAGAGUGCUUACUUUUGUAACACUUCGAUGGGGACUGAUAUCAAAGACCUUGGGGAUGUUCACCAUACUUUCAGGAUAACUAAACUUCGGAUGACUUCAAGACUUGUGCUAAAAUGUCUUUCAACUCAAAUUUCUAAGGCAUCCACCAAAACAUCUGCAGCAGAAGCAAAUUGUCGUAACGAUUCACAGAUGCAAAAGGAAAAUCAAAUUGCAUUUGCAGUAGUACUCCAUCUACUGAUGACAACCAAUUUCAACAUACCAACAUUGUGUAAGACAAAGUGAAUGUACCGUGAAGAAAUGAGCAUAACUGAAAUCACCAGUAAGCUAACAGUAUUGUAAUUUCAUGUGGAGUGAUAAAAGCUUAUCAAAAAAAAUUAAGCACGUUAGAAAAAAUAUUUUUUUAAGCAUUUUAUGUGGAUCUUAAAAAUACAAUAUUAUACUUGGUAUAAAUUGUGUUUGUGCACCUUCAGUUUAUUUUGGCAUGUCAUUUCUGUUGCAAGAUGAAAGAAAGCUCUUGUAAUUUUAGAAGUUGUACUUUUGUGUCUUGGGUGUAAUAUUUUGUUAAUUGAUUUUUUUUAAUAUAUCGUUGUGCUAUAAUACUCACUGCUGUCUGCUGUUUGUCACCACAGUGAGCUAUAAUUAUUUGAUAAAAUUACGAAUCUGAAAAAUGUAGCAAAUGAGCAAAAACAUACUAUCAGAGUCGAGAAAACUGGUCUGCAAGAUGUUGGCUUACUGUUUUUUGAAGCUUAAAUGUAGCCCAAUCCAAAAUAUGCAAAUAUUUUAGUUUAGGAACAGGGAGGUGAGAUGCAUUGUUUAGAAUAUUUGGAGUCUAGCCCAAUCUAGAUACCUAGCAACAUUUGCAAAUUAACUCCCUAACCUUUAAUGCAAGUCAGUCGAGCUACUCGGGCGUGAUCUCUGGUAGACAUAUCUUUCAAUUGCUAUAUUAAAUCCUUGUUAUAAAAUAUACAGCACCAAUUAAGCAGCUUUUUUUCUACCCCAAACCAUUAAUACUGUGCAACAUCCACAGUAUAAUAUGGACAUGUUUAUCCUGCAAUGUGUGUCUAAUACAGAGGAGUGACCUGAAAAUAAAUUACAUUUUUGACUUUAACCCUUAAAAAAUCUGAUAAUAUCUGGAAUACUGAAAUGUAUUUUUCUGAAAGAAUUUGGUGCUGUUUUGGAGAUGGCCUUACAAACCUUAUUCAUGUAUGUAUUUUUUAUGGAGUCAAUCUAAACAGAAUGCAUAAUAAUUAAUUUCUACAAUUCUUACUGUAGCAAGCAAUGCUUUUUUUGUUUAAAGAAAUUCUGCAAGUUAUUACCAAUGAUAUUUUAUAAACCAGAAUUCAACAGCGAUAUGCACAUUUAUUGCUUCACUAUUUCAGUACACUUUAAUGCUUGUAAGGAAUAUUUUGUUCAUUGUCCUGAGAUUCUUUUGAUUUAGCACACUUCUUCAAAAUUAUUUUUAAAUGUGUCAGCAACAAAUGGAAGAUUAUUGUUCAAAUUCCUUUCUAAAAUAAAGGGUUUUCAAUCAAAUUUCCUUCCAACAGUAUUGUAGGGAAUUAAUACCUCAUCAGAGGUAAGAGACCUUUAUCAUUUUCAAUUUUCCCCUAUCUCAACACCAAGACAGUUGUAGCAGUAGAGAUGAAAAUUGAAUGAGAGAUUCUGAAACUUUCUUUUUCUUUUAAGUCCUACUAAUGUAAACAUUAUAUAAUAGUCUUUUUCUAACAGAAUUGAGGCUGAUGGGGUUAGCUUCAAAAGUGUCUACUUAUGAUAUGCUUUUUUCAUAAAAAGCACUCAAGGGUCAUAUUAUAUUUUCAAACUUUCAUUUGAUAUGCACUCCUUUUUGUGCAAAAUGGAAGAAAAGGGGGUUUGGUCUGGACAUGCAAACAAACCUAGAUUUAAAUGGUUUACCUUCAGUUGACCUCCUUUUUGCAAGUCUUGAUUUAGUCCAACCUGAUCUUAAGCAUUGUAUGUUGUUUGUCUAUAGACUGUGUAUUGAGUGAGAUGAGAAUGCUAGAUUGCAAAUGUAUCCUUUUACGUUUAAGCUUUUGACCGAAUAUGUUGUUUAAUCCACCAGAUUGAGCACUAAGGGUGCUGCAUAUGACUUCUGAUUUGAGUGUGCUGUCUGUAAGUUAAUUAAAGUAGUUUGAUGAAAUAUAUGCAUGCUUGUAAAUGGAACGUGACCACCAGUGAAUGAUAGGCAUCAGGGUGUAUCAAAGAAUUCAUUGUUUUUACAUGGACCAUAGGUAGCUAUAGAACUGAUACGUCAUAAUUCCAGGUACGAAGCAUCAAAACCUGUUGACACUGUUUGUUUUAUAAUACUUCUUAAUAUUCUAUACAAUCACAUGUAUCGUUUCUGGUAUGAAUUAAACAUAUUUUGUAAUGAAAGUGACAUCAUGCAUGGAAGAAAGGUGUUGCUGAGGACUUGAUUGUUUUUAUAAAGCUAUCGAGGAACCCUUGACUGGCUUUAUUUUAUAACUGUUUUCCCUGUUGGCCAUUGAUAUACUGAAAAUAUUUUUCAUUUAGUCAUGCUUCUGGUGUGCAAGAACCACAUUUUAGGUACUUUACAAGUUGCUUUAGAUGUCAGUAGUUUGUAUAUAAAUUGAAUGUUAAUUCCAUCAGUUUGUUUUUUUUUUGUUUUUCACCACAAAUAAUUCAUGCCAUUAGUUACUGACUUUUUAAGCUGAUGAAGUACUUAACAGACAUUGCAGGUUAUUGUACUCUUUUAUUAGAUGGAAUGUCCAUUUUUCAGAGGUUGCUCACAUGUUGAAUGUGCCAUUGCUUUACGUUAUUGUAGUUCAUUUUUAAAAUAUCAACUGCACUCUAUCAUGGUGGAAGUGAACUUGCGCUCCAUCUGAAAUAAUGGGGAUGUGCCCUUCUCUAUAGUGUGGGCAAGUUGUGAUUUUAUUUUCUGGUGAUCAGCCUAUUGAGUGGGGGGAGAUGUGGUGUGUCAGCACUGGCUAUUAAUACUUGGGGGAGCUUCUGUUUAGUGCAGGCUGCUCAAAUAAUUUCCCCUCUUCACCUUCCUGCCAUCUCCACACCGUGCACAUUGCAUGAUGUAAGGCAUGCUUUGUUAGUUUUUUUUUAUUUCUUCAUGGGAUGUGGGUGUUGCUAACUAAACCAGCAUUUAUAUCCCAUCUCUAAUUGCUUAGAGGGUAGUUAAAAGUCAACCAUGUUGCUGUGAGUCUGGAGUUACAUGGAGGCCAGAUCAGGUAACUAUGGCGGUUUCCUCCCCUGAAGUACAUUAGUGAAUCUGGUGGGGUUUUCCAACAAUUGACGAUGGGUUCACUGUCAUUAUUAGAAUCUUAAUUCCUGAUUUUUGAGUUCUGAUUCCUCCAGAAUUUGAAUCUGGCUCCCCAGAACAUUACCUGGGUCUCUGGAUUAAUAGUCCAGUGAUAAUACCUCUAGGCUAUUGCUCCUCAGUAAACACAUUGGUAACGCAUUAAUGAUACAGAUCUGCAGGGCUUAGCUGACCCAAAGCCAGGCUGACCAUCAACAUCUACCCAGUGGAAGAAGGUUGUUAACAAGCAGCCACUUCUGCCUGUCACCUGAUUUGCUGAAGUGGUCUUUGUUUGUACCACAUUUUAAGGAUUCUUACACCUUCCAAAAAAGGUUGAACCCACCCCCCACCCAGUUUACACUGGAACUUCCAAUUAAAUCCUAGUUUUGCUCAAUGUGUGAGAUGUGUUGGUGUUCAGGAGUGAAUAAUCAUUUGAGUGCUUUGCUCUUGCAAAAUUGAUUAAUUGAAAUUGGCAUUCCUUUGGUGAGCUAUAUUCUUCCCUGCAUCUUUUUAAAGUUGUUUUUCAUACAUUCCUAUCCGCACCAUUUCAAAUGCCCCAAAACCAAUGCAUUCAAAAUCAAACACGUGAUGUUUCAAGUGUCUGUCUGUUUCCUUAGUGAAAACUGUGAAAUAAAAAUAGUAAAUUGUUUGUAAUGUACAUAUCACAGGCACUAUCACUGACUGUCAAAGAAGGAUAUUACUAGGACAGAUAUUCUCAUAACAGUUUUAUUCGCAAGUCACAAAGUAAAAUCUUAUUUUGUAUUAGAUAGCCCUGCUAAAUAUGAGAAGCUUCAUACAUCUGGGAAUAUUAUGAGUCAGGAUAAAACUUUGGAGAAAGGACAUAGUAAAUGCUAAUGUGUUCCAAAGGCAGCCUUUUUGAUAUAACCUUCAGGGGAGAUUAAUUUUAAGGAGACAAUGACUUGUAUAUAGUCUAGAUUUCCUAUAUAAGCUACAUAUUACCUAUAUAAGUUUCUUUAAACUGUAGUAUGAAAAAUGACAAGAAUUUCAUAGUUCUGUUAAAAGAUUUGAACCAUUGUGUGAUUUUGAUGUAGUAAGUGCUUAUACAGACAAGGUUUGUUAACAAAAAAUACUUAUAAAGUUUUUUUUAAUAUA